UCUCCAAGCCUUGGAGUAGCUCUCCACCUGCUGCAACGGUUCGGGACCGCCGCAGUCUGGCUGUGUGUCUCUCUCCAUAUUAGUAGUCAGCAGGGGCUCACCCACAUCACUUUGGAAAUUCAAGAUUAUCCUUGAGUGCCCGCCCUUUCCCAUUCACUAAGUGCUAGUCUGGUGAAUUGUUUCUGUCACGGUUGCAAGCCUGAAGUUUUCUGCACUUCCUACACUUGCUGCUUUCCCUUUCUUCCGCUCGAUCAGAGAGGUACUUGAGUUGCUCGCUUUACGUUCUGCCCAAUCCUAUCCUUUUUUUCACUUAAGGUUAUGUCUGGACUGUAUUUCAAUUCUCUUUUGGGAUCUUUCGGGAAAUCAGACUGAAUUAUGUUAGAGAAGUUCUAACCCGGGAAGAAACUGAAACCGAAUUGUGAUUGAUUCGAGAAAUCGCCUUAUGCCUGGAUUUAUACGUAUUUUUUUGAAAUUUCCCUCCCCCCCCAUCUUAUUUUCAGGAAGGGGAAGUAAAUAUGUAAAAGUGAAGUACCUGUGUCGUUUCCGUGACGGGUGACACUUAUUCUCCGUUGAUUUGCAAAUAUUUAACUGAAGUAUUCAAAUACCACCACACCUUCAUGUUAAUAUGAUCAGUUCCAUGCCUUUUGACAACAACACUCUGGGAAGAAGGGAGUACUUAAAGGGAACUUGCCAUCACAUUACAGUAUCAUCUGGAUGAAGUUGCCUGUAUAUUGCAUGAUUCCUACAUCAGAAUUUUGAAAACCAAAUCAUGGAGUGGCCUUCAACUGUGCAAGCUUCACUGUGAAUAAAACUGAUCAGCUCUAAAGGAAAUUCAUACUGCUACCGUUGAGUAACAUAUUUAACCAGCAAUCAUGAGGCUGUUUUUUAGGAAACGAUUUGGUCCAGUCAAACUUGCCAUGGUUAGCGUAAUAUUUAUGAUCUUUAUUUUCAUACUUCAAAGAGAUAUUGUCAAACGAAGCCCAAAGGAUGACUCUUGGUUUAAAGACUUGUCAGGCGGGAAAGACCGCAUGCUGGGAAUUAUGUUCGGAGCGGUGAACAAUAUCCGAGAUUCGAUGCCCAAGUUUCAGAUCAUUGCUCCAGAUCGAGGACAAGAGAUUGUUGAUGAUAGCAAGUCCUGCUUACCGGGGUUUUACACUGGGGCAGAACUGAAGACCUUCCUUCCUCGCCCUCCCGAGGAUCCUAAUGCACCUGGUGCUGAUGCAAAGGCAUUUCACACAGACAAUCUCUCACCAGAGCAACAGGAGGAGAAAACGCGCGGCCUUGACAAACAUUGUUUCAAUGCUUAUGCCAGUGAUCGCAUCUCCUUACACAGGGCCCUCGGACCAGACACACGGCCUCCAGAGUGCAUUGAACAGAGAUUCAAGCGUUGCCCUCCUCUACCUUCAACCAGUGUGAUUAUAGUGUUCCACAAUGAGGCCUGGUCCACCUUGCUGAGGACAGUCUACAGUGUGAUGCAUACCUCUCCAGCCAUACUCCUCAAGGAAAUCUUGUUAGUGGAUGAUGCCAGCACAGAUGACUAUUUAAAAGAACAACUGGAUGAAUAUGUAAAGCAGUUCCGGAUAGUGAAGGUUGUCCGACAAGUGGAAAGGAAGGGAUUGAUAACUGCGAGGCUCCUGGGGGCUAGUGUCGCCACUGGAGAAGUGCUGACUUUUCUUGAUGCUCACUGUGAGUGCUUCAAUGGCUGGCUGGAACCUUUGCUGGGAAGAAUAGCUGAAAAUUACACAGCUGUGGUAAGCCCUGACAUCACUACCAUUGACCUCAAUACCUUUGAGGUAUCCAAACCUGUCCAGUAUGGAAGGCAGCACAAUCGAGGUAACUUUGACUGGAGUUUGUCAUUUGGCUGGGAGGCAAUUCCACCUCAUGAGAUAGAAAGAAGAAAAGAUGAAACCUAUCCAAUCAAGACUCCUACGUUUGCCGGUGGCCUCUUUGCGAUCUCCAAAGCUUACUUUGAGCUGAUUGGAACAUACGACAACCAGAUGGAAAUAUGGGGAGGAGAGAAUGUGGAAAUGUCAUUCAGGGUCUGGCAAUGUGGUGGGCAGUUGGAAAUCAUUCCUUGCUCGGUGGUGGGCCAUGUGUUCCGUACCAAGAGCCCUCACAGCUUCCCAAAAGGUGUGCAGGUAAUUGCCCGCAACCAAGUGCGCCUGGCUGAAGUCUGGAUGGAUCACUACAAGGAGCUGUUUUACAGGAGAAAUCAGCAAGCAGCAAAGAUGGCACAGGAGAAAAGUUAUGGCGAUCUUUCAGAAAGGUUUCAGUUGAAGGAGCAUAUAAAAUGCAAGAACUUUACCUGGUACCUGCAAAACGUGUAUCCUGAAAUCUUUAUACCUGAUUUCUCUCCAGUGCGUUAUGGGGCAAUUAAAAACCAGGGAACAGGAAGCUGCCUGGACGUUGGGGAAAACAAUCAUGGUGGGAAACCUCUGAUAAUGUAUCCAUGCCAUGGAAUGGGAGGCAACCAGUAUUUCGAAUACACAUCUCGGUCUGAAAUCCGCCACAACAUCGGGAAGCAACUGUGUCUUCAUGCUGUGUACGGCCCAGUUCGAUUAGAGCUAUGUAAAUACAAAGGAAAGGAUACAAGAGUGCCAGGAGAGGAACGCUGGGAAAUUUUACACGACAACCUAAAAAAUUCUGCCACAAAUCAGUGCUUGACUGCAUCAGGACAGAACCCAACCAUGGCCUCGUGCAACUCUGCAGACCCGUAUCAGCAGUGGUCUUUUAUCUAGCCAGAGGGAGGAGCUGCUCCAAGGAAGCAUCAGAAUUGGAUUAAAAGUGGACAACAUUGAAGUGGCCUGAUUUAAAAGCCAGCCUUUCACCAUUGAACCUUUUCGUGACUGUGGAUUUUGCCUCUAAGCAUGGAGAGCAAAGAAAUCUCGUGGAUUGUGGAUUUCCACAAUAUUUUUUCUGUGUCCCAUUUGCUCUGGAAUUGAAGUUAUCCCCUUCUAAUUAUUUUAUAUAUUUAAUGUUAUCUUACCCCACCUCCCCAUCAUUGAAUAUUCCACAUUUAAAAAUGAAUAUGAUUUGCACUGAGAAAGAGAAUACAUUUGUUUUUAGGAACCUCUGCAUGUUCCAGAAGAUUUAUGUGUCAGAUUUAGGUGGAUUUGGAUUAGAUUCAAUUUACAGGUAUAUCAAUUCAGCACUGUGACCCAAAGCAAGGCAGUAACAAAAUGUGAUACCAUCUUAUGCAUUUCAUGCAUUAUGCAGCAGGAAGUAAAUGGGAAUGAAUUGUGCUGUCGUUUACUUCCUGUUAAUGGAAGAAAGGGAGUGGGGAGAUUGUUGUCUGAACUAGUGUUUUGAUAUUUUCUUUGUCCAAAUGUGGCUGAGAAUUCCUGUUGAAAUUCCUCAAAUUUUGGGUUGGGAAACAAAUCAUUUCAAAUUUGAUGACAUUCGCUUUGAUAGUCUCCACCAUUCCAUGCAGUCUAGCAUCUCAACAAAUUCCUUAAACACCAUGAAACCCUAGGUGCAGCACCAGAAAUACAAUUAUAUGGGAUUCCUGUUGCAAGCUGUUAAUUAAGCCGGUAAUUGGGAAACAGACAAGGCAGUUCUCUGAAUGGUAAAUGCUCAACCUAAGCCAGGCUGUCAAAAUGACAAACGCAAGGAAGGGAUUUUUCAACAGAGAAAAAAAAAUGGGAGGACAAGUCUAUUCAGAAAAUCUGCAAUAAUGUUAUUGCAUGUUGGAACAUAGUACUUACUGAAAAGUUUGGGCUUGGAUCUUGGUCCAGUCUCUCUAUCCUUGGUUUAGAAUGAUACACUUUCUCAAUUGAAACAGUGCUGAAUUUAAAACCAGUUCGGCUGAAAAGGUUGUGGAUUCAACCCUGCCAUCUACUUUGACAGUACAGCACUCAUUCAAUAGGAUUGUUUCUUUGGAUGAGAUGUUGAACUAUAACUCCAUCUGCUCCCAUGGUACAUAAAUGCAGGUUUGUUAACUCAGUUUGGAGUUUAACUAUGAUGAGUCAUCAAUGUCUUAAUAUAAGUUAUUGUAUAUUUUGGCACACCAUGUAUCAGGGCUCUAGUCAGAGAUGGCAAGAGAUAGUUGUUUUCCUAUGAAGUUAUAAACCCCCUCUCAACUAUUCACCAGGGAAAGAUGUAGAUAGGAAAGACAUUUCUCCUGAAGGUAGUGGGAUGGUAAAGUGUGUUACCUCAAAGUUAACAUUUUAAAUAAGAGAAGGGUACGUGGGCUGGAGACAGCACAAGGAUCAUGUUGAAAUGGACCAGAAAAAAAAACACUGAAGCUCCUUGAAUCAUUCAAGUGAGACUUUUCCAGCAGAAAUCUGGGGACAAAUGUGUUCUGGUUUUUGAUAUUCUUCAAUUAGUACAAAUUACGAAUCUCCAAAAGAAUAUUGUAUCAAAUGGGAAACUAAUAUUAAAGGGAAAGUGUAACCCUAAUCAAUGGUUGAGUCAUUCCUAUUCCAAGCUCUGCAAAUGUGAAGCUUCCUCUGGUACUGGCACUGGUAAUGUUGCUGGUGUGGAAAUUCGCCUGUAGAUCACUGCUGCCCUUAAACUAUGCAAGCUGCAUUAUUGUUAUUCCGAAGUACUAUAUUCCUUCCUGAAGGGAGAUUCCAUCCUGGAGGGAGCUUUCUUAGUCCAGUACCUUUUCCAUUGUGUAGUUAACCUAAAAUGCUUGUAACACACAAUUGUAGCCCAUGUUUACAUCACCACAUCAGGAAGAUUAAACUGAUGCACCUGUGCCUUGUUCUCACCAAACUGUAGGAUGUGUGUUUCCCGCACUGUUUGGAUUCACUUGCUGAGUCAGUGAACAGUUCCAGGUUUGCAGCUCAUUAGUAUGGAAUUAGCUGGUUCCAGUUGAGAUGGCAAUGGAGCACUACAAUUGAGUUGAAUGUCUCUGAGUUGAAAUAGUUGGCUGCAAUUCCCUCUUCUAAUUCUUACAAAGUGAUAUGCAGAAUCAGGAUUAACACUGAAAUGGUCUGCUAACACUCACCAUGCAGGCUUAGGCAUUAUUCCCACUUAGAUAACAGUGAGGCUGGUGCCUGUGGAACCAUGUCAGCAAGGAAAACCCACAGAAGGACAGAAGAAGAAAUUGACAAGGGAAAAUUAAAAUCAAAAGUGUGCAUUUAAAAUUUCUGCUCAGUGACAAUGGAGUAACCAACAAAUGAGCAGAAUGGAGCAUGAGCAAUUGCUGUUGCAAUUGGGUUUGGAUUUGUGCUUAAGUGAAGUUGACAUUGUACCAUGAAUAUAACCCAGGUGUGAAGAAGCUAUCACAUUAAAUCAUAGUAGGUAUAUUACAAACAGUGGCUUGUUUGUAAGCUGCAAUACUGCUCUGGACUGUCCAGCCAUUCGAUCACUGAGCAGAGUUCUGGAAUUGUCAAAACUGUUCUAUCUGCGGGAGAAAGCAUCUGAACCAACUUUACGGGUAAACAUGGACACUUUUUUUUUCCCCUUUAGGUAGAAUGCACACAGCUGCAUUUCUAGAGAUGAGCGCGAUCAGAAAAAGUGGAAUCUGUAUAUGAGAGUUGUAUAACUUGUGUUAAUUUAAAUGCUUACAAACCAAUUUGCACAUUGUUCGAUAUGUAUGUGUGUAUUAACAGCACAGUUGAAAAGGGUUUCAGGUCAUUUUGGCUAAUCUAAAUCCCUAAACAAUUGCUUCACAGAGGUAGCCGUGCUGAGCCCACUGAACUGCAUGAGGCUAUUUUGACUGUGGGUUAGUGAUUUCCUAAUUUAAUGUUUCAUAUUUUAAUUGAAAUGAAAACUAUAUUUUUCUAAUCUUUUUAGAAUAUUGACUUGUAAAAUGCUCUGAUUUGUGAUUGCACUUCUGCAAAUGUGGAAUUGAAAUCCCACUGGUAAGCAAGCACCAAAGAACCUCUAUCUUCUCCUCACAACAUCAUUCUGAUAAUAAAUCAUGGGGGUGAUCAUCCUGUACUACAGUGAGCCUAAACUUGCUCUUCCCAGAUAAAUUUAUAAUUUAGCCAACAAGGCUGCAAACAAUUCAACAUUCAUCUGCCUAAUGGGUUGUUGUUAUUCUGUUUUGGACUUUGAGCUUGUUUCAUACAACAUAAUUGUAACUGGUGUUAGGUGCCAGUUGUAUUCAUUACUAGAGACUGACUUAGAAACUAGAAUGAUCUCCAAAGGGUAGAAUGUUGCUAUUGCAAUCUUCACCUCUCCUCUUCCCCAACUACUAUCAUCACUAUGCUGAUUUUCAAUUGAAUACUGAUUUUUAUUUUUGAAAAUUGACUUUCAGGGUGUUAUAAUAAUUUUUAAAUGUGAUGUCUAAUUCUGAAGAACUUCACCCUCAAUGUUUGUAGAUCUGAAGGCUGCUAUGUUGUGUACGUGUUUCCUAUUGUAUGUCUGUUAUACAGACUACUAUCUGCAGCAAGGCUAGACUGUUCUUUCAGAAAUGCAGGGAAUCUGGUAAAAUAAUUGGAAAAUUGAGUAACUACCAGUGAAUAUUGCCAGUGCAACUUGCUGUGUUAAGAAAUCCCUCUUUAAAGAUGCAGGGUUACUCCCUGUUAGCUCAGUGAAUAAGUACACCUUCCUCUGCACUACUAAGUCAUGAAGGUCAGGGAAGGCUUAAGUUCAUUUCCAUCUUGUGCUUCAUUAGCUGAGCAACAGCCAGGGUACUAUGAUCAGUUUUGAUGGGGAAAAGGAGGGAAAAUUAGUCAGGAUGCCUGAUGUUCUGACAAAUACUUACUGCUUGUAACAUCAAAAAUAGAUACUGUGGUCAUACACCACAUUGUGGCUAGUGGGACCUUGCUGUGUGCAUUUCCUAAAUUCCAACAAUAGUCCAAAGUAAAAAAAAAUUUAAUUGACAGUAAAGCAUGUUGCAAUGCCCUGACACCGUGAAAGAUGCUACAUUGAAGAGAACAAAAGGUACUUGGUCCAGAGCAAGUAUGCCCAUUGGCAUCCAUUGAUCCAAAUUCCAGACAAAAAAACUGAAAUCACUACAGAUGCUGGAAAUCUGAAACAAAAAGCGUUCUGAAGGGUCACUGGAUACGAAACGUUAACUCUAAUUUCUCUCUACAGCUGCUGCCAGACCUGCUGAGAUUCUCCAGCAAUUUCUGUUUUUUUUCGAUGCUGGAAUUUGGAUCAGUUAUUAAUGAGCUAAGGGGAAAAAACUGGAUGAAGAAGUCACACUGAGCUGGCACUGAACUUUCCCUAAAGGCUUCUUUACUAGCAGUUGAAACUCUUUCUAAUAAAUGCUGUUUCCUACUAUCCAGCACCUCUGAAUAUUGUUUUUGUCUUAUCUAAUUUUGAACAAAACUUACUGUAUAAUAAAAUCAAUGUUCUAA